AUGGGCAUCGACUCGACGACGAGCUACCUCACCGAGACGCUGGGCGUCAACCCUGAGAAUGCCGAGCUGCUCGUCGUCAUGGAGAUUGUCCAGGCCCCGGCGGUGGGCGAGAUAACGCGUAAAGGCUUUGUCGACGGCUGGAAAUCCACGGGAGUGCAAGCGACGAACAAGGACCAUGCCAAGCACAUCAAGUCGCUCGUCAAGAAGCUAUCCACAGACCAGGCCCUCUUCAAGAAGGUCUACCGCCACACGUUCAUCGCCGCCAAGGAACAGGACCAAAAAGCCAUCAGCCUCGAGUACGCCCAGAUCUACUGGGAGACGCUCUUUGCGCCGCCGGGCUGGCAGUGGGCAUCACAGAACCACAACUGGCUCGAGCUGUGGAACUCGUUCCUCGCCGCCAAGUGGACGCGCUCCGUCAACAAGGACAUGUGGAACAUGACGCUCGAGUUUGCCUACAAGUCCCUGGAGGAUGAGACGCUGUCCUUCUGGAGCGAGGACGGCGCGUGGCCGAGCGUCCUUGACGAGUUUGUCGCGUGGUGCCGCGAAGAGAAGGGAAUCAGGCCGGAGACGAUGGACACGGAUGCGUAG